AUGAACAUAUUAAAAACCGGAGAUAAUGUGUUUUUUCGUCAUCCAGAACACUCCUGGCUGUGUGGCGUUAUCGAAAGUAUCGCAGAAGGCGGAAUCGUUUGUGCCACAAAGGAUCCGUUGAGAAAGGAAGUCAUUCAAAACGAAUUGAUUACAGUAAGAAAUCCGGAAGACGUAGAGCCGCUUCAUGGAGAUUCCCUUAAUGACGCACCAGACGACUUACUUAAGCUUACCGUUCUUCACGAAGCACCUCUACUCAGGUGCCUCUACAUGCGCUACAUGAAUGAUGUGGUCUAUACUAAUAUCGGUGCAAUAGUGGUGGCCUUAAAUCCGUUUACUUUUGCUAUUCCAUGGUAUCAGGAUAGUCAACUUUAUAAAUAUUUGCAUGCAGGGCGUAAUCUGAAUAGUUCCAAUAUGCCCUCAAACUUGAUGCCACAUGCGUGGACUCAAGCACACGUCACGUACUAUGACAUGGUGGAUAGCAAUGAAAACCAAUGUAUUGUCGUUUCUGGUGAAUCUGGGGCUGGGAAAACGGAGGCAACAAAGAUCGUCUUAAAGUACUUGGGUAUCGUGUCAUCACUGAGUGGGACAAAAAAAGAACAAGAAGCUGCGUUAUACGUAGGAAGAAGGUUGGUUGCUUGUUCACCUAUUUUGGAGUGCUUUGGAAAUGCAAAAACGGUGAGAAACGACAAUAGCUCUCGAUUUGGUAAAUUUAUGAGGGUAAAGUUCAACGGCAAACAUCUUAUUGCUGGAGCUGAAACAAUCAAGUACCUUCUUGAAAAAAGUCGGAUCGUGUCUGCUGCUCAAGGCGAGCGAGUAUAUCAUUCAUUUUAUCUCUUAGCUCGCGCGCAGGCUAGCAUGGCGCGUGUUCUUGGUCUCGGGUAUGAGAAGGAAUAUGCUUCACUUUCUUCAGGGGGCACAAUGAACAACUCUAAGUACAACACUGAAAAUGACUUUAACGAUGUCUGUGAGGCUAUGCGUUUGAUUGGGAUGACAGAAGUUGAACUUACAUCUGUCUGGCGUGUUACAGCGGCUGUCAUGACAUUGCUUAAUAUUCGCUUUCUUCCAGAAGGUGAUGGCUGUUCUAUUGAUUCAAAAACAAUGAAAUAUCUUAGGAAGGCUAUUCAACUGCUCGAUAUAAAUGAAGAUGGUUUGGUUCAUGAGUUUCUCACUAGCACUCGUGUUCUUCCUGACAAUGAAUUUGCCUUAAAGGCAAAUGACGUUGCGGCAGCCGUCGAUAUUCGUGAUGCUAUGUGUAAACAUUUGUAUGAUGGUUUAUUUGGUUGGAUUGUGGAUCGAUGCAAUGACUUGUGUAAUGUGGAGAACGAUUGUAAUUGGAUUGGGUUGCUGGAUAUUUUUGGAUUUGAGAACUUUAAGGUCAACUCCUUUGAACAACUUUGCAUCAAUCUGACGAAUGAGCACCUUCAGUACCACUAUAACUUGCAUAUAUUUAAGCGUGAUAUGGAUGAGUGUAGAAUGGAAGGAGUUGAUGUGACGAGGAUUAAGUUUUCCGACAACGCCGGCUGCUUAAGGAUGCUUACUGCACAGGGUGGUGUCUUUCCCAUUCUAGAUGAAUAUUGUUGGCUUGGUGGUGGAACAGAGCUUGGAUUUUUGGAAAAAGUGGUGCAUACGCAUGAAGCAAACACAUUUUUCAAAAAACAACUUGUCUCUGGCGAAACUUUUUGUGUGCGUCACUAUGCGGCGGAGGUCACGUAUAAUGUCAUGGGUUGGAUUGAGAAAAAUCGGGACAAUCUCAAAGACUCCAUCAAGUCGCUUGUACGAGGUAGUGGAAAUAGUGUCAUUGCGCGCUGCCUUCCAGCGCCCAUUCCCUUAUCGGAGCGAAAAAAAGGAGGAAGUAGUUUUACAGUGAGUGGAUUCUUCCGUACUCAGUUGACGGCGCUUAUGGACUUGAUUAGCAGCAGCAAUCCCCACUGGAUUCGCUGCAUUAAGCCCCAUCCUGGUAAAAAACCCAGAAUGUUUCACGGUAGAGAAGUCAUGAAUCAAUUGGAGUCCAGUGGUGUUCUUGGCACCGUGAAGAUUCGAAAAGCCGGAUACCCAGUACGUGUUCCGCGGGAUUUCUUCUGUCGAAAAUAUCGAAUGUGCACCUCCGUAGGUGCAACAGACGAAAAGGUAUUUAUACAAAAUGUACUUCACCUGGCGUGUAUACACACGCCUGCCCAGGCUCAAAUAGGCAAAGGCAAGGUAUUUCUGACCGCAGAGGCUUUUAACCUACUGGAAAAGGUGAGGGACCAACAUUUGCUCAGUACAGCAUUGAUUCUUCAGCGGGUCGCCCGCGGAUGCCUCGCGCGAGCUACAGUUUAUAACUUGUUUGCCGUGUUUCCCAAGGCUGAACUCACCCGGCAAAAGUUGGAGAGUGUCACGAGAGACUUACAUGGGAAGGAGGCACACCUUCGACGUUUAUGCGAGAUUCAGGAAGACGAAGCGUGGAACGCAUUAAAAAAACUAGAAGGCAAAGGACGACUUUACCAAGAGGCGAUCGAAGCUGCAAAACGGGAUCGUCGUCGUCUAGAAGAAAAGGAGCGUCGAAAAGUCAAGGAGGAGGAACAUCGACGACUUGAAGAGGCGAGGUGUUUGAGAGAAAUGCGCCACAGAGCUGCUGUUUGUAUUCAACGCUACGUCAGAGGAGCUCUUCUGCGCAUUCGCUUGUAUCGAGAACUCUUGGAGAAGUGGCGUGCGGCUUUGGAAUCGGGGAGUGAGCUGGCGUGUGAGACAGAGCGAGCCGAAGUACGGGCCCUUGACAGCGAGCGUGCUGUCGAUGAAAAGUCUUGGGUGCAGUGGCUUAACACCAUGGACUACCUUAGGCGCAAGAAACAACAGGACGAACUAAGGUUGCUUGAGAAGACGUCACAGAAGACGCGUAUUCGGAUUCGUGAAUUAUUGCGCAGGGAGGAUCAAAUGCGGCUAAGGCUUGAGGUUGACGAAAGUGACUCACGUUUUGCGUUGCUUUCGCACCAUCAAAACCUUAUUGCUCAUUACCUGAAGGCGGAAGAUGAGCGACGGCGACGGGCGAAUAAGUUGAAAACAAAAAGCACGGGGACAUUUCGGCCACAGCCCAAGGGAAUACAAGCCAGGGCUGAGAGAAGUGCGGCCUCUGACGCACGCAUUCAAAAAGCACUUGCCGAGUAUGCGCUUUCUCGGGCUCGUUCAGACGGUGAAAAAGAAGCGCGUCAAAACACUGGUGCCGCACCAGAUUGUCUUUCACCAAAGGCUUCUACGGAAAGUCGUAUUUUUAGGCAGUUGCAGAAAAAGUGGCUCCGACAGCAGGAAUGGAUAAAUCUCAGAGAUGUGGGUCAAACAGCAGAGAAUCAUUCCAGGUUGUCCAUGGUGCCAAAUUCAGACGACAGUGGGCUUAGUGGCCCGUAUCGAACGAUUGAGGCUUCAUUGCAUUCCUUGUCACCAUCGAGGCACGGAUCUUCCAAUUCUACGCGGAUUUCGAUGAGUAGGCUAGAUGGCAGGAGUAAAGCGGAGCCUUCUCAAUUCUUGUAUGAAACCGAAUGUGGAAGGAAUAGCAAAAGCAAUUCUAUUGAUUGGGAUAACGUGUUUGGAGCCUAG